AUGGCGGCGGCGGAACGGAGUCGAUCCCCGAUGGGGGGCUCACCGGUGCCGGCUUGUAUGUUCGCUCCGGAACCCGGCUCCCCGGGCGGGGGGCCUCGCAUAGCGGCGGCCGCCUGUCCCCUCCGUGCUGCUUUCGACACCGAGGACGGCGAAGCGCUUAACGGCGAGCCCGAGAUCGACCUCACCAGUAAGCUGGUUAUGGUGAGCCCAACUUCAGAGCAGUAUGACAGUUUGCUCCAGCAGAUGUCAGAGAGAAUUGAUGAGGGAUGUGGGGAAACCAUUUAUGUCAUUGGUCAAGGAUCAGAUGGGACUGAAUAUGGUCUGAGUGAGGCAGACAUGGAAGCGUCUUAUGCCACCUUGAAGAGCAUGGCAGAGCAGAUUGAGGCAGACGUGAUUCUCCUGCGGGAGCACCAGGAGGCAGGGGGCAAGGUGCGCGACUACCUUGUUCGGAAACGUGUGGGUGACAACGACUUCCUGGAGGUCAGGGUAGCAGUGGUUGGCAAUGUGGAUGCAGGAAAGAGCACUUUGCUAGGUGUUUUGACACAUGGUGAACUGGACAAUGGUCGAGGCUUUGCUCGGCAAAAGCUGUUCCGCCAUAAGCACGAGAUUGAGUCAGGCCGCACCAGCAGUGUGGGCAACGACAUUCUGGGCUUCGACAGUGAGGGCAACGUGGUCAACAAGCCUGACAGCCACGGUGGCAGCUUGGAAUGGACAAAGAUCUGUGAGAAAUCCACCAAGGUCAUUACUUUCAUUGACCUGGCUGGUCAUGAAAAGUAUCUGAAAACCACCGUCUUUGGCAUGACCGGCCACUUACCUGACUUCUGCAUGCUUAUGGUUGGCAGUAAUGCUGGGAUUGUUGGAAUGACCAAGGAGCACUUAGGCCUGGCGCUUGCACUUAAUGUUCCUGUCUUUGUUGUGGUGACCAAGAUAGACAUGUGCCCUGCUAACAUCCUGCAAGAAACCCUGAAGCUGUUACAGCGACUGCUGAAGUCCCCAGGGUGCAGGAAGAUUCCCGUGCUGGUUCAGAGCAAGGAUGAUGUCAUUGUAACAGCCUCCAACUUCAGCUCAGAGAGGAUGUGCCCAAUAUUCCAGAUUUCAAACGUGUCUGGGGAGAACCUAGAUUUGCUGAAGAUGUUUCUUAAUCUGUUGUCUCCACGAACCAGCUACAGGGAAGAAGAGCCAGCAGAAUUCCAGAUAGAUGAUACCUACUCUGUCCCAGGUGUAGGAACAGUUGUGUCUGGGACAACACUGAGAGGCCUAAUCAAGCUAAAUGACACCCUGCUGCUGGGGCCAGACCCUCUUGGCAACUUCCUGCCUAUCGCUGUCAAGUCCAUCCACCGCAAGAGAAUGCCUGUCAAAGAAGUGCGGGGAGGCCAGACUGCCUCCUUUGCUUUGAAGAAGAUCAAGCGUUCUUCCAUCAGGAAAGGCAUGGUAAUGGUGUCACCCCGCCUGAAUCCACAAGCAUCAUGGGAGUUCGAAGCUGAAAUUCUGGUGCUCCAUCACCCCACCACCAUCAGCCCACGGUAUCAGGCCAUGGUGCAUUGUGGCAGCAUCCGCCAGACCGCCACGAUUCUCAGCAUGGACAAGGACUGCCUGCGGACAGGGGACAAAGCCACGGUGCACUUCCGCUUCAUCAAGACCCCAGAGUACCUGCACAUAGACCAGCGCCUGGUCUUCCGGGAGGGCCGCACCAAGGCCGUGGGUACCAUCACCAAGUUACUCCAGACCACCAAUAACUCACCAAUGAACUCCAAGCCACAGCAGAUCAAGAUGCAGUCAACCAAGAAGGGAGCUGUUACGAAACGAGAGGAUGGUGUUCCCCCAGCUGGGACAGCAGCUGGAGGCCCACCAGCUGGGGAUGAAGCCCCCUCAACAUCUGCAGUGCCAUUGACACCUACUGCCCUGCAACCAUUGUCAAAAGUUGGAGGAGGAGGCCGGAGACGUGGGGGUCAGCGUCAUAAAGUGAAAUCUCAGGGAGCCUGUGUGACUCCUGCCAGUGGCUGCUGAAUUUCUUACUCCUCCUGCAGAGGAAUUCCUCCCUUUCCCUUCAUUUCUUAUCCAAAAGAUCCAGAGCAGCUUAAACCAAAACCCAUCCCAGCUGAUUGGCUGCAGAAGAAUCGUCCCUCCUCCCUGAAGGAAGUGAUGGAGAGGAGCAUAAUUUAUAAGCUAAUGAAGGUGAUGACACAGAGAACUGAGUAACUGACACCUUCCUGCUCCCCCUAUCAACAACAUUUUUGUACAUUAUGGGCUUAGUUUUUAUUCCUAUUAGUUUUUAUUAUAUUUUGUGUGCAUGAAGAUGAGAGUCUGGAUAGAACUGAGAAGAGCCAGUUAGCUGCCUCCCUCCUCCCUCACCCCAGCCUGUUCACAGG